UGUGUUGGAGCCGCGGUGCGUGACGGGUCAGUCUAUUACUGUAUUUCCAAUAGCAAACUGCUGCUCAGAGGUUCCCUGUCGAGACAGAAAUGAACCUGCCGUCCAGAGAGGAGUGUGAAGGGUGGGACCAUGCACAAGUAGCGUUCUUUAUGAACAGGAACAAAAUGCAGGAAUGUGCUGCCACAGUCAACAGACUGAGAAUUAAUGGACAAAGACUUCUGAGCCUGUCCGUCAGUGACAUGAACAAGUUCAGUCUCAUCCACCAACCGCAGCUUCAGAAGAUCGUCCAAGACAUCAAGAAGAACGAUGGCAGCUUUCUGAACAAACUGAGAAGACUGAAGAGCAAACCGCUUCCAAAAGUGCCUGCGAGAGAUUACAGAGGUGACAGGGAAGAUGAUGAACUGUCUGAACCAGAUUACGAUAAUGACACAUAUGAGGAUCCACGUGAAGACCACGACGACAGCUACGAGCCUCCUCCCAGCCACAGGGCCUUCACCACGACUACCUCUGCUUCCGUCCCGAGUGGGGAGUACCUCGACGACCGCCGUAACCGGCCCUCUCGGCCGCCCAGGAAGCCCCUCCGCCCGAGCAAAGCCUCCAAACAACUACCACCCGAGCCCACCCAGCAGGGGAGCGAUGAAGAGGACUACAUCAAUCCCGACUGCAGUAACGACGACGACAACUACGUGGAGCCUGCAGGGAAUCCAUCCUCCAACUUUUAUGAACUUCCUGACAAAGAGGGAAACUCAUUAUCUCUUUCAGCAAGCAGGCAGUUUCCAAUCCCCACAACACAGUCGCCUUCUUUAAAACCCAAGCCCAACCCCAGAGAGAAUAUGAGGAGAUCUCCUACUCCUGUCCAGGAGCCUGCACACGAAGAUGAAUAUGAAGUCUGUGAUCCAAUCGAAGGUUCCAGUGAUAAACCUACAAAUGGCCUUUCUCUACCAAAACCUUUGCCCAGAGACAGGUCACCAAAACCAUCUUUAAAGCCGAAGCCAGAUUUAAAAUCUAGGGAAUUUGAAAGCCGAACACUGCCUGAUAUGCCUGUGAUGCAAAUUGACUACAAGCCUUCGCCAAAAGCUUUUUCACUGGACAUGAAACGGCCAAAGAUCCCUUUCCCACAGUUGACCUCCCCCAAGCCAGCCGACAGAGGAAGUGUCUCCACUGAGAACUGGUUAACAAACCAAGACAAGGAUGCAGAGCUCUAUAAGAAGCCCUGGUAUGCCGGCGCAUGCGACCGCAAGACUGCUGACGACGUCCUGUGUCGCUCCAACAAGGACGGGGCGUUUAUGGUGAGGAAGAGCUCCGGUCAAGACACACAGCAGCCCUACACACUGGUGGUGUUUUACAAUGGCCGAGUGUACAACAUCCCGAUCCGCUUCAUGGCAACGACGCAGCAGUACGCUCUGGGGCGAGAGAAGAAAGGGGAGGAGCAUUUCGGUAGCGUCUCCCACAUCAUCGAGAACCACCAGAGGACUCCUCUGGUGCUGAUUGACAGCCAGAGCAACACCAAGGACGCCACCAAGCUGUGCUUCCCUGCGAGGCCCUAGAUCGGCCCCACUCGCCAAGCGGCGUGCGUCCACACCUGCUGUGAUUGGCUGUCAAGACUAUUGUUUACAGAACUCGUCAUGCGGACUCCUCUUUCCUCCUUCAAUUUGAGAUCCAGCCUGCACUGCUGGCCAUGCAGAGGCAAAGGAGCACUGACACAGAUGACUUUUUAACUCGCCUUUUUAUUGAGAUGUUUUGUUUUUUUAAUGCUCAGUCAGUACACAGUGUGUUAACAUGAAUGCGAGGAAGGAGACAGGUGUUGCUGAAGCUGAAAGAAGCAGACAAUUUGUUUAUGACAGAAACAGGUUGGGGAGCCAACAAAACACAAGUUUGUACAUUUUUGUUUUAAUAAAAAUAGAAAAUAAAACGUCA